CUGAAAGUCUAGUCCAGUCUGUUGCAGUGUAGUGUAAUAGAAACGGGAUCAUGUCCACGAAAGAGCUGUUUGGGGAUUCUUCAUCGGACGACGAUGACGACGUCGCCGACAACGCCAAUCCGCCCCAGGCGGCCCCGCCCGUGUCCGAGAGGGCAACGUCCCCCCGGCUGUCGACCCCGACCCACACCACCGACGCCCACAAUGCGCUCGACGACAGUGACAAUGACGAAGGGGACGUUGAAUUCGACGAUCGAGGCACCGUGGUGGGCUUGUCUUCCACUACGAUUGCGGGAGACCAAAUCAACACUCCGACCCGGAACACUACCGAUCCAGACCAAGCCGGGACGCAGGCCAGAGACAACGACGAGGACGCUCCGACCGAUGCCGGACCCCGCAUUGCGGCCUCCCAACUCUACUUGCAGCAAGAACCCAAAAUAUCGGAAAAUAUUGCCUUGCACAUGACCAAAUUACCCAAUUUGGUGGGCAUACAAACCCAGGCCUUCGACCCCGACACGUACCAUCCCGCCAUGGAAGAGGACGAUUUCGGACAAUCCGUCUACAAUCUCGUGCGCUGGCGCUACCGAAAGGACGAUACCGGAAACUACGUACGGGACGAACAAGAUCGCUUGCUGCGCGAAUCGAAUAGUCGACUGGUGCAGUGGGAAGACGGAUCCUACACGCUACACAUUGGCAACGAAGCGUUCGAAAUUGAUGCCUUGAAAACCGCAGCCAACGGCUUUCCCGGACUCAACGGCUUCAUCUACCGGACACAAAAGGCCGUCCUCAAGACGGCUGACGAUAACGAACGUGCCGCUGGGACUGUUCUGGAAUGCGUCGGUGCGGUCGCCACUCGGAUGACCAUUCGGCCGAGUUCACUCCAAUCCGAAGCACACAAGUCCCUCACCGUGGGCAUUCGCCAAAAAACCAUGAAGAAGGCACGCAUUGCCGAAUACGUCACCCAGGAAGAUCCCGAAAAGGCGAAACAAGACCGUAUCAAGGUCAAGCAAGACUUGGAAAAGGUGUCAGCGCGCAAGCGUUCCGGGUAUAGUCAGGCCGGAGGACGAACUGCUCGACCCCGCAUGUCGCGGUCGUAUUUGGAGGAAGAAGAGGACGGCGAUUACGAUACCUUUAAUAUUAAAGACACCAAACGGCGCAUACGGGAUGCGGAUGAAGAAUUGAAGGAAUACGGUGACGAUGACGACAGCAGCAGUGAAGAUGAUGAGUACGACCAGACGUUCAGCAAACGAUCCAACAUGCGGGGGGCCUCCACGGCAGCAGCAACCGCACAGCCGAAAAAGGAAAGUGACGAAGAGAUUGUUGUAGACGACGAGGAGGAAGAUGACGACGAAGACAUGGAUUCUCCGCUU